UUGCGCACAUUGAUUGUUUAGUUUCAGUUUUCCGAGAGACUUUCCGGGGGAGUGUUGCAGCCGCUGACGACAUCAACGCACUUUUCACACAUCACGGCAGGCAGCUGCUUUUUUCCCUUCGGUUUAUUCUUUUUCGCUUCUCGUUUUGCUAACCCGCUUAAAAUUGGCAGAAAACCAAUUACUUACUCAAUGGCAAAAUGCUGUCCUACGAUCUCAACGAACGCCUGCUGACUGCGGUGCAGAGUGGCGACUUUGAGCAGGCCCUGGGAUGCAUCAUGCAAGGUGCCCAGGCCUCGUAUGUAUCGCCCACUUGCGGACGCACAGCCGUGGGCACGGCGGCCAUCCUGGGCGACGCCGAGCUGCUGGAGCUCCUGGUGCAAUCCUGUGAGGAUCCCGAGCUGGAUGUCUUCCAUCAGACUCACACGGAUAGUUUGGAGAUCGAACGAACGCCCGAAGGUAUGGAGAAACUUGAGUGGGUGGAUGAGUUCGAAAGUUGUUCGGAAAAUGGAGGAGGAGGCGGAGGAGAGGAUAGCCAGUUAUAUCAGUAUUACGCUAAAACCUUCGAGAAUACCGGAGAGUUCAUAUCCCAGUGCUGUGUCACGUGUCGGGAACAGGAUCCCCACCUCUACGACGCGGAUUUGGCCACACCCUUGCACUAUGCCGCCUGUUGGGGACACGAGGAAUGUGUUCGCAUCCUGCUGGAGCACAGUGCUCCCAUCAACGUGGUCAACAGCGAAGGAUACUCGCCCCUUCAUGUGGGAGCGGGUUUCGCCGGGGUCACCAAGCUCCUAAUCAAGCACGGUGCUUUGGUUAACGCCAAAACCUUGAGUGAUGGCAAGACCGCUCUUCAUUUGGCCAUCGAGAGCAAGUCCUGCGAGUCCGCUCAGUUGCUACUUCAAACCAAUAUCAACAUCAAUGACACGGACGAUGAGGGUGAAACCCCAUUGAUGACGGCCAUUGCCUGCAGUCUCGUGGAUCUGGCUCAGGAACUGGUGGAACGAGGAGCUCGUAUCAACCUGCAGGAUAAGCAAAAUCACACAGCAUUGCAGUACGCGGUAAGGGGUCGUCAUGGCAAGUUGGCCAAGUUGCUCCUGGAGCGCGGAGCCCGUCGACUGGCCUCACAACACCUUCUGCACCUUGCCGUGGAAUACAACGAUCUAGAGAUGGUGGAACUUCUGCUGCAGUACGGCGAGAGUUUAACAGUGCGAAAUGAUGAUAACCACACGCCCAUCAUGCAGGCUAUCCAUCUUCAGCGACCCGAAAUGCUGGAGUACCUCCUGAGUGUCGCGGAGGAGCACCAAAAGCUGGGCCUAUAUUCAGAUGUACAGAAUGAGGGAUUGGUUUUAUUUGCUGUGCAGCAGAUCGUCGAUGUAAAGGAGUUUGGCAGUAUCCUCCGGGUUUUGCUCGCCAAGUUGCCUAGUGCCCGGAAGGAUUUGUAUGGCUCUUGCGCUCCCACGAUUGUUUGCGGCUUGAUCUAUUGCCAAACUCCGUUGUCGAGGGCUAUCAACCUGCAUCGUCUGGAUCUGGCCGAGUUUCUCAUCCACGAGGGCUGUAAUUUAGCGCAGAUUUGCCGAGAGCAUGUUGUUAACGAGCUGAGAUCCAAUUGCUCGGCAUCUAGUUUAGCCUUUGCGAGAUUGCUCUGUAACGCUGGCUUCCUGUUCCCACACAAGCAUCGAGCUCCACCCAAGGAUUGGCCACCAGCUCGCCUGGAAUUCGAGCUGGAAAUGUCCUUGUUCGGCACCCAACCACGUUCCCUGCAAUCCAUCGCUCGUCUGGCGAUCCGUCAACGCCUCCUGAAGUCCCUCCGAAUGCGGCCCGAGCUACAGCAGAAGUAUCUCGCAACCCAGGAACGCUCCUCGCUGGGCAGGAUCAUAGAUGAGUUUGCCAUACCCGCCACACUGAAGCUCUACCUCAGCCACUUUGCCGAGCUUCCCCUGGUGAGGGGAAUGGAACCGGUCCGGAUACCUGUUAUUAAAUGCGCCGAGUCUUGGGAUUGAUUGCGCUUUAGGAAUUUAUUCAGAUUAUAUAGGUUUUAUAUAUAUGGUUAUAUGCAGCAUAUAGUUUUUGUAAAUUGGCGAUGAGUGUGUAGGAGAGGGUUGUGUUAAAUAUGUGUUAAGACUUUAUAGUAUUAUUCUUAAUUUUGCAACACCAGAUUGAUUAACACCUUCUUUACACGACUCUAAUGUGAUAUUAACAUUCUUAUAUUGUAUUACAAAUUUAGAACAGAUUUCACACACAAAUGUUCGUGAUUUUUAAAACGCCAGGGCACAGAAUUUUUGUUCUUAUCUAAUUUACUUUCACAUUUUAUGUUUACUAGGCAUGUAUAUAGUCUAUAUAGAUGAAUUAUAAGAUGUACCACUAGGUUAUUUGACUACGCCAACAUUAAGGUUACUUUUCCAUAUACAAACGAUCUCUCACACAAUGCAAAACUAACGAAGGACAUAUGCAAUUUUUAAAAAAGAAUUUUACAACGAUUUCAGGUGCAAUUUUAUAGAAAACGUGUUGACAGAUUAAAUAAACAAAAUAAAGUUUUAACG